GUCAGCUUCUGAAAGCUUCACUGAGUAUUUUGUUAAUCAAAUUUGAAGGACAUUAAUAUCACAGUUUCACAUAGGCCAACCGCAUUCAACUGCGCUGCGCAUGAGUAAACGCGAGAGUCGAGGCGGUGGGCAAGAUAAGAUAGGCAAACGUAUUUCCUGCACUGUACCUGAUUCUACAUCGUUGUCUUGCCUACUAAGUGUAAACUCACAAGUUGUUAAAUCAGCCCCUGGAAAAUGCAAGCCAUCAAGUGUGUGGUGGUUGGAGAUGGUGCUGUGGGAAAGACAUGCCUGCUCAUCAGCUACACAACCAACGCCUUCCCUGGAGAGUACAUCCCCACAGUGUUUGAUAACUACUCAGCCAAUGUGAUGGUGGACAGUAAGCCAGUGAACCUGGGACUGUGGGAUACAGCAGGACAGGAGGACUAUGACAGACUCAGACCUCUGUCCUAUCCUCAGACGGAUGUGUUCCUCAUCUGUUUCUCUCUGGUGAGCCCAGCAUCGUUUGAGAACGUCAGAGCCAAGUGGUACCCUGAGGUACGACACCACUGCCCCUCCACACCCAUCAUCCUCGUGGGCACUAAGCUGGAUCUGAGGGACGAGAAGGAAACCAUUGAGAAGCUGAAGGAGAAGAAGCUAGCGCCCAUCACCUACCCACAAGGCUUAGCACUAGCCAAAGAGAUAGACUCUGUGAAGUACCUGGAAUGCUCUGCCCUGACCCAGCGGGGGCUGAAGACGGUCUUUGACGAGGCCAUCCGAGCGGUGCUGUGCCCCCAGCCCACCAAGGUGAAGAAACGACCUUGUCUACUCAUCUGAUCUCAGACCUGUGGAUAGACCAAGAGGGAAGGGCUCAGGAAUCACACAACAGCAAAUGUUGAUUUUAGUUAAAUACAAAGUUUGGCAGUUUUACAAAGUGGUCUAAUGUUCAGAUGAGUCAACAUAUGUAGUGUUGAGUCUUGCCAUCUGUAGUGUAUAUCCAGCUAUAAUUACAGUAUAUAGUGUAUGCCUAAAUCCCAAAUGAAUGGAAGAUAGUUGGACCGUCGGAUUGUACCAUUACAGAUGGUGCCUACCUUUCCCACUGGUUGGGGAUUGAGGCAUAUAGCUGGAUCUACGAUUCUUCUCAAUGUUAGACCACUGUUCAGGUCUGAAAACAACCAUCAGACUUUCUGGAGCAUCAAUAUAAAUGUCCUUAAUAUUUUCAAGACAAAUCCUGGAUAUGUACACAUGGAUAAGUGUUUUAGAUUCAUAUAUUGGUAUUUGGUUUUGGUUUCUGACUCAUUUUCUUAUACACUUCUUCUAUAUGGUUUGUUAAUGCAGUGACUGGUCCUUACUGUACAAGAAAGACACUGAAAAAUACAUAGACCAAACAUUACAGUGUGUAUAGUCAGAAAUGUAUUGCACCAUCCUAAUGUAAGAAACUUUCUAGAAUGAUCAUGUUGUUUCCUCUAUAAAAUGUAUUUUUCAUAUUUUGACAUGAUACAGCAUUCUACUAUAUUUCUAAGGUACCGUAUUACUUUUCUCUCUAUUACAAUUUAAUUUAACACAAAAUAAAACAUAUGGGUGUG